GCCUGUCCUUUCGUCCCUGUCCAGUCUGAGGGCCAGCUGGAGUGUGGGCUGCUGGGUGGGAACCACGUCGGUCCUGGGCCCUAGGAAGGAGGCAAGACCCGGCAGCCCCUGACGCACCACCUGUACCCUCCGCCUGGUGCCACCCUGAGCUCCCGUAGAGACAGGUCCCCAACAUUGCCACCACCAUGGAUCACUCCUUCAGCGGUGCACCGCGCUUCCUGACCCGGCCCAAGGCUUUCGUCGUGUCUGUGGGCAAGGACGCCACACUGAGCUGCCAGAUCGUGGGCAACCCCACGCCACACGUAAGCUGGGAGAAGGACCAGCAGCCGGUGGAGGCAGGCGCACGCUUCCGUCUGGCCCAAGACGGCGACAUAUACCGCCUCACUAUCCUGGACCUAGCGCUUGGCGAUAGCGGGCAGUAUGUGUGCCGCGCACGCAACGCGAUUGGCGAAGCCUUUGCGGCCGUGGGCCUGCAGGUGGACGCUGAGGCCGCGUGUGCUGAGCAGGCACCACACUUUCUGCUACGGCCUACGUCCAUCCGUGUGCGCGAGGGCGCUGAGGCCACAUUUAGCUGCCGCGUGAGCGGCUCGCCACGACCGGCUGUGAGCUGGUCCAAGGACGGGCGGCGCUUGGGUGCACCUGACGCCCCCCGUGUGCGCGUGGAGGAGCAAGGCGAGGCGAGCAAGCUGCGCAUCCGGGCGGCGCGACCGCGGGACGGUGGCACCUACGAGGUGCGGGCAGAGAACCCGCUGGGUGCAGCCAGUGCUGCUGCCUCGCUGGUGGUAGAUUCAGACACGGAAGCUGCCAGCCCACCUGGGGCCUCCACGGCAGCGCUCCUGGCUCACCUGCAGCAGCGACGUGAAGCCAUGCGCGCAGAGGGCGUCCCCGCCUCACCACCCGGCGCCGGCACCCGCACCUGCACGGUGACAGAGGGCAAACACGCGCGUCUCAGCUGCUACGUGACGGGUGAGCCCAAGCCUGAGAUCGUGUGGAAGAAGGAUGGGCAGCUGGUUACAGAGGGACGGCGACACGUGGUGUAUGAGGACGCGCAAGAGAACUUCGUGUUGAAGAUUCUGUUCUGCAAGCAGUCGGACCGAGGCCUCUACACCUGCACGGCGUCCAACCUCGUGGGCCAGACCUACAGCUCCGUGUUGGUGGUGGUGCGAGAGCCCACCGUGCCCUUCAAGAGGCGGCUGCAGGACCUGGAGGUGCGGGAGAAGGAGUCCGCCACGUUCCAGUGCGAGGUGCCGCAGCCUACCACCGAGACUGCGUGGUUCAAGGAGGAGACGCGGCUGUGGGCGAGCGCCAAGUACGGCAUCGAGGCGGAGGGCACCGAGCGCAGGCUGACAGUGCGCAACGUCUCGGCUGACGACGACGCCGUGUACAUCUGCGAGACCACGGAGGGCAGCCGCACCGUGGCGGAGCUCGCUGUCCAAGGGAACCUGAUGCGGAAACUGCCCCGGAAGACAGCGGUGCGCGAGGGGGACACCGCCAUUUUUUGCGUGGAGCUGGCAGUGCCUGAGGGCCCUGUGCGCUGGCUGAGGAACCAGGAGGAGGUGGUGACUGGUGGACGAGUGGCCAUCACAGCAGAAGGCACGUGCCACAUGCUGACCAUCUUUCAGUGCAGCUUGGAAGACAUGGGCGAGGUGGUCUUUAUGGCUGGAGACUCCCGCACCUCCACCCAGUUAUGCGUGUCUGCCCCCAGGAGGCCACCCCUCCACCCCCCUGUGGACCCUGUGGUGAAGGCCAGAACGGAGAGUUCUGUGACCCUUGGCUGGUAUCCACCACCCCACGGGGACCGCCCUGUGACCAUUGAUGGCUACCUGGUGGAGAAGCGGCGGCUGGGCACCUACAUCUGGAGCCGGUGCCACAAGGAUGAGUGGGUGGUCACACCUGAGCUCACCGUCACAGGUGUGACUGAGGAGGGUGACUUCCAGUUCAGGGUGUCAGCUGUCAACAGCUUUGGCCAGAGUCCCUACCUGGAGUUCCCGGGGACCAUCCACCUGGCCCCCCAGCUGGCCGUGAGGACGCCCCUGAAGGCAGUGGCAGCAGUGGAGGGUGGAGAAGUCACCUUCUCUGUGGACCUCACUGUGGCCUCUGCUGGUGAAUGGUUCCUGGACGGGGUGGCUCUGAAGGCCAGCCGCACGUAUGUGAUCCGCUGUGAUCGCACCCGGCAUACACUCACCAUCCGAGAGGUGCCCGCCAGCCUGCAUGGGGCACAGCUCAAGUUUGUGGCUGACGGCAUUGAAAGCAGCAUUCGGAUGGAGGUCCGAGCAGCUCCUGGGCUGACUGCCCACAAGCCACCAGCGGUGGCCGCUCGAGAGGUGCUGGCCCGGCUGCACGAGGAGGCUCAGCUGCUGGCCGAGCUGUCGGACCAGGCUGCAGCUGUGACGUGGCUGAAAGACGGCCGUGUGUUACCUCCUGGGCCCAAGUACGAGGAACAGGCUUCAGCUGGGCGGCGGGCACUGCUGGUGCGUGACGUGGGGCAGGACGAUGCUGGCCUCUAUGAGUGUGUCAGCCGCGGGAGCCGUGUUGCCUACCAAUUAUCUGUGCAAGGCCUCACGCCCUUCCUACGCAAAGACACAGUGGGCGGCUGUGUGGAUGCUGAGGUGGGGGGCUCGGCGAGGUUUGAGUGUGAGACCGCGGAUGCCCACAUCCCCGUGUGCUGGUUUAAAGAUGGCAAGGAGCUGGGUGGCUCCUGCCAGCGCUUCUCUCAGGAGGACGUGGGGACCUGGCAUCGGCUGGUAGUGGCCUCGGUCAGCAGGCAGGAUGAGGGCACCUACUCCUGCCGUGUGGGUGAGGACUCUGUGGACUUCCACCUACGGGUCUCUGAGCCCAAGGCUGUGUUUGCCAAGGGGCAGCUGGCACACAGUGAGGUGAAGGCUGAGGUGGGGGCGAGUGCCACUCUGAGCUGCGAGGUGGCCCAGGCCCAGACAGAGGUGACGUGGUACAAGGAUGGGAAGAAGCUGAGCCAGAGCUCCCAGGUGCAUGUGGAGGCCUCUGGCUGCAGGCGGCAGCUGGUGUUGCAGCAGGCGGGCAAGGAGGACGCCGGGGAGUACAGCUGCGAGGCCGGGGGCCAGAGGGUCUCCUUCCACCUGGACGUCACAGAGCCCAAGGCUGUGUUUGCCAAGGGGCAGCAGGCACAAAGCAAGGUGAAGGCCAAGGCGGGGGCCAGUGCCACUCUGAGCUGUGAGGUGGCCCAGGCCCAGACAGAGGUGACGUGGUACAAGGAUGGGAAGAAGCUGAGCCAGAGCUCCCAGGUGCGCGUGGAGGCCUCUGGCUGCAGGCGGCAGCUGGUGGUGCAGCAGGCGGGCAAGGCGGACGCUGGGGAGUACAGCUGCGAGGCCGGGGGCCAGAAGGUCUCCUUCCGCCUGGACGUCACAGAGCCCAAGGCUGUAUUUGCCAAGGGGCAACUGGCACACAGUGAGGUGAAGGCCCAGGCAGGGGCCAGCGCCACCCUGAGCUGUGAGGUGGCCCAGGCCCAGACAGAGGUGACGUGGUACAAGGAUGGGAAGAAGCUGAGCCAGAGCUCCCAGGUGCAUGUGGAGGCCUCUGACUGCAGGCGGCAGCUGGUGGUGCAGCAGGUGGGCAAGGCGGACGCUGGGGAGUACAGCUGCGAGGCAGGGGGCCAGAAGGUCUCCUUCCGCCUGGACGUCACAGAGCCCAAGGUGGUGUUUGCCAAAGAGCAGCUGGCACGCAGCGAGGUGAAGACCGAGGCGGGGGCUAGCGCCACUCUGAGCUGCGAGGUGGCCCAGGCCCAGACAGAGGUGACAUGGUACAAGGAUGGGAAGAAGCUGAGCCAGAGCUCCCAGGUGCGCGUGGAGGCCUCUGGCUGCAGGCGGCAGCUGGUGGUGCAGCAGGCGGGCAAGGCGGACGCUGGGGAGUACAGCUGCGAGGCCGGGGGCCAGAAGGUCUCCUUCCACCUGGACGUCACAGAGCCCAAGGCUGUGUUUGCCAAGGGGCAGCCGACACACAGUGAGGUGAAGGCCCAGGCGGGGGCCAGCGCUACCCUGAGCUGUGAGGUGGCCCAGGCCCAGACAGAGGUGACAUGGUACAAGGAUGGGAAGAAGCUAAGCCAGAGCUCCCAGGUGCGCGUGGAGGCCUCUGGCUGCAGGCGGCAGCUGGUGUUGCAGCAGGCGGGCAAGGCAGACGCUGGGGAUUACAGCUGCGAGGCUGGGGGCCAGAGGGUCUCCUUCCAUCUGGAUGUCACAGAGCCCAAGGUGGUGUUUGCUAAAGAGCAGCUGGCACGCAGCGAGGUGAAGGCUGAGAUGGGGGCCAGUGCCACUCUGAGUUGCGAGGUGGCCCAGGCCCAGACAGAAGUGACAUGGUACAAGGAUGGGAAGAAGCUGAGCCAGAGCUCCCAGGUGCGCGUGGAGGCCUCUGGCUGCAGGCGGCAGCUGGUGGUGCAGCAGGCGGGCAAGGAGGACGCUGGGGAGUACAGCUGCGAGGCCGGGGGCCAGAGAGUCUCCUUCCGCCUGGACGUCACAGAGCCCAAGGUGGUAUUUGCCAAGGAGCAGCCGGCACGCAGUGAGGUGAAGGCCGAGGCGGGGGCCUGCGCCACUCUGAGCUGUGAGGUGUCCCAGGCCCAGACAGAGGUGACGUGGUAUAAGGAUGGGAAGAAGCUGAGCCAGAGCUCCCAGGUGCGCGUGGAGGCCUCUGGCUGCAGGCGGCAGCUGGUGGUGCAGCAGGCGGGCAAGGCGGACGCUGGGGAGUACAACUGCGAGGCUGGGGGCCAGAGGGUCUCCUUCCGCCUGGACGUCACAGAGCCUAAGGUGGUGUUUGCCAAGGGACAGCCAGCACAUAGUGAGGUGAAGGCACAGGCGGGGGCGAGUGCCACUCUGAGCUGCGAGGUGGCCCAGGCCCAGACAGAGGUGAAGUGGUUCAAGGAUGGGAAGAAGCUGAGCCAGAGCUCCCAGGUGCGCGUGGAGUCCUCUGGCUGCAGGCGGCAGCUGGUGGUGCAGCAGGCGGGCAAGGCGGAUGCUGGGGAAUACAGCUGUGAGGCCGGGGGCCAGAGGGUCUCCUUCCGCCUGAAUGUCACAGAGCCCAAGGUGGUAUUUGCCAAGGAGCAGCCGGCACGCAGUGAGGUGAAGGCUGAGGCGGGGGCCUGCGCCACUCUGAGCUGUGAGGUGGCCCAGGCCCAGACAGAAGUGACGUGGUACAAGGAUGGGAAGAAGCUGAGCCAGAGCUCCCGGGUGCGCGUGGAGGCCUCUGGCUGCAGGCGGCAGCUGGUGUUGCAGCAGGCGGGCAAGGCGGACGCUGGGGAAUACAGCUGUGAGGCCGGGGGCCAGAGGGUCUCCUUCCGCCUAGACAUCACAGAGCCCAAGGCUGUAUUUGCCAAGGGGCAGCCGGCACACAGUGAGGUGAAGGCCCAGGCGGGGGCGAGUGCCACUCUGAGCUGCGAGGUGGCCCAGGCCCAGACAGAGGUGACGUGGUACAAGGAUGGGAAGAAGCUGAGCCAGAGCUCCCAGAUGCGCGUGGAGUCCUCUGGCUGCAGGCGGCAGCUGGUGUUGCAGCAGGCAGGCAAGGCGGAUGCUGGGGAAUACAGCUGUGAGGCCGGGGGCCAGAGGGUCUCCUUCCGCCUGGACGUCACAGAGCCCAAGGCUGUGUUUGCCAAGGGGCAGCCAGCACACAGUGAGGUGAAGGCCCAGGCGGGGGCCAGCACCACCCUGAGCUGUGAGGUGGCCCAGGCCCAGACAGAGGUGACGUGGUACAAGGAUGGGAAGAAGCUGAGCCAGAGCUCCCAGGUGUGCGUGGAGGCCUCAGGCUGCAGGCGGCAGCUGGUGGUGCAGCAGGCGGGUAAGGCGGACGCUGGGGAGUACAGCUGCGAGGCCGGGGGCCAGAGAGUCUCCUUCCGCCUGGACAUCACAGAGCCCAAAGUGGUGUUUGCUAAAGAGCAGCUGGCACGCAGCGAGGUGAAGGCCAAGGCGGGGGCGAGUGCCACUCUGAGCUGCGAGGUGGCCCAGGCCCAGACAGAAGUGACAUGGUACAAGGAUGGGAAGAAGCUGAGCCAGAGCUCCCAGGUGCGCGUGGAGGCCUCUGGCUGCAGGCGGCAGCUGGUGGUGCAGCAGGUGGGCAAGGCAGAUGCCGGGGAGUACAGUUGCGAGGCUGGCGGCCAGAGGGUCUCUUUCCGUCUAGAUGUCACAGAGCCCAAGGUGGUGUUUGCUAAAGAGCAGCUGGCACGCAGCGAGGUGAAGGCUGAGAUGGGGGCCAGUGCCACCCUGAGCUGCGAGGUGGCCCAGGCCCAGACAGAGGUGACGUGGUACAAGGAUGGGAAGAAGCUGAGCCAGAGCUCCCAGGUGCGCGUGGAGGCCUCUGGCUGCAGGCGGCAGCUGGUGGUGCAGCAGGCAGGCAAGGCGGAUGCUGGGGAGUACAGCUGUGAGGCCAGGGGCCAGAGGGUCUCCUUCCAUCUGGAUGUCACAGAGCCCAAGGUGGUGUUUGCCAAAGAGCAGCUGGCACGCAGCGAGGUGAAGACCGAGGCGGGGGCUAGCGCCACUCUGAGCUGCGAGGUGGCCCAGGCCCAGACCGAGGUGACAUGGUACAAGGAUGGGAAGAAGCUGAGCCAGAGCUCCCAGGUGCGCGUGGAGGCCUCUGGCUGCAGGCGGCAGCUGGUGUUGCAGCAGGCGGGCAAGGCGGACGCUGGGGAGUACAGCUGCGAGGCCGGGGGCCAGAAGGUCUCCUUCCACCUGGACGUCACAGAGCCAGCACCUGAGUCCCAAGCCCUGGAGAGAUCUGGCCGCAGGGAGCCUCUGGUGAUCAGGGAACAUGAGGACAUCGUCCUGACAGCCACGCUGGCCACACCCUCUGUGGCGGCAGUGACUUGGCUCAAGGAUGGUGUGGAGAUUCGGCGCAGCAAGCGGCACCAGGCCACCAGCCUGGGGGACAGGCACACCCUGACAGUCAGAGGAGCCCAGGUGCUUGACAGUGCAGUCUACAGUUGCCGGGUAGGCACGGAGAGUCAGGACUUCCCAGUGCAGGUGGAAGAGGUGGUUGCCAAGUUCUCUAGGCCUCUGGAGUCCAUCACGGGGGAUCUGGGUGGCACGGUGACCCUGGCCUGUGAGCUGAGCCCACCACAGGCGGAGGUGCUGUGGUACUGUGGGAGCACGCAGCUGCGGGCGGGCAAGCGCUUCCAGAUGGCCGCUGAGGGCACCCUCCGCUUGCUCACGGUGUCGGGCCUGCGUGAGGAAGACGCAGGAGAGUAUGUGUGUGAGAGCCGUGAUGACCGCACCAGCGCCCAGCUCAGUGUCCGUGUGCCCCGUGUGGUCAAGUUCACAUCUGGGCUGAGCGCUGUGGUUGCAGAAGAGGGCUGCGAGGCCACCUUCCAGUGUGUGGUGUCCCCCAGCGAUGCAGUGGUCACGUGGCACCGGGACGGCAUCCAGCUGCAGCCCAGUGAGAAGUUCCUCAUAUCGCAGAGUGGUGCCAGCCGCAGCCUGACCAUCUCUAGUGUGGCAAUGGAGGAUGCAGGCCAGGUCACAGUGGAGUCUGAGGGCGCCGCCUCUUCAGCUGCCCUCCGGGUCAGAGAGCCCCCCGUGCUGUUCAAGAAGAAGCUGGAGCCGAAGACCGUGGAGGAGCGGACCUCUGUGACGCUGGAGGUGGAGCUGACGCGUCCGUGGCCCGAGGUGAAGUGGACCCGGAACGCCGCAGUCCUGGUGCCAGGGGAGAAUGUUGAGAUCCAGGCGGAGGGCACACGCCACCGCCUGGUGCUGCGCAGCGUGGGCUUCACCGACCGCGGCUUUUUUGGCUGCGAGACACCAGACGACAAGACGCAGGCCAAGCUCACUGUGGAAAUGCGCCAGGUCCGGUUGGUUCGGGGCUUACAGGCAGUGGAGGCCAGAGAACAGGGCACAGCUACUAUGGAGGUGGAGCUGUCGCAUGCUGAAGUGGAGGGUACCUGGACACGCGACGGACUGCGACUGCAGCCAGGGCCUAGGUGCCAUGUGGCUGUGCACGGGGCCACGCACAUUCUCACACUCUUGGAGCUGCAGCCACAGGACAGUGGGCUAGUGGCCUUCAAGGCAGAGGGCGUGCACACGUCUGCCCAGCUGAUGGUCACUGAGCUGCCUGUGAGCUUCAGCCGCCCACUGCAGGACAUGGUGGCUACCCAGAAAGAGAAGGUGACCCUGGAGUGUGAGCUGUCCCGUCCCAACGUUGAUGUGUGCUGGCUGAAGGAUGGUGUGGAGCUACGGUCAGGCAAGACCAUGGGCAUAGUGGCCCAGGGUACCUGCAGAAGCCUCAUCAUCUACCGGUGUGAGAUGGGGGACCAGGGCAUCUAUGUGUGUGACACUGGUGAAGCUCAGAGCUCUGCUUCUCUGAAGGUGCAAGGCCGCAGUGUCCAGAUUGUGCGGCCCCUGGAGGACGUGGAGGUGAUGGAGAAGGAAGGUGCCAGUUUCUCCUGUGAAGUCUCCCAUGACGAGGUGCCUGGCCAGUGGUUCCGAGAGGGGAUUAAGUUGCGGCCCAGUGACACUGUGCGUAUUCGCCAGGAAGGAAAGACAUACACUCUCAUCUACCGGAGGGUCCUGGCAGAAGAUGCAGGGGAGAUCAAAUUUGUAGCAGAAAAUGCAGAAUCGCGAGCCCACCUCCGAGUGAAAGAGUUGCCAGUGACCCUCCUCCGCCCGCUGAGGGACAAGAUUGCCAUGGAGAAGCACCGCGGAGUGCUCGAGUGCCAGGUGUCCAGGGCCAGUGCACAGGUGCGGUGGUUUAAGGGUGGCAAGGAGCUGCAGCCUGGAUCCAAGUAUGAGAUGGUCAGCGAUGGCCUCUACCGCAAGCUGGUCAUCAACGACGUGCAGCCAGAGGACGAGGACUCUUACACAUGCGAUGCUGGAGAUGUCAAGACCAGUGCCCAGUUCUUUGUAGAAGAGCAGUCCAUCACCAUCAUACGGGGCCUGCAGGAUGUGACCGUGAUGGAGCCUGCUCCUGCCUGGUUCGAGUGUGAGACUUCCAUUCCCUCAGUGAGGCCACCCAAGUGGCUUCUGGGCAAGACUGUGCUGCAGGCGGGGGCGAACGUGGGCCUGGAGCAGGAGGGCACAGUGCACCGGCUGACCCUGCGGAGGACCUGCUCCACUAUGACUGGGCCUGUGCACUUCACCAUUGGCAAGUCCCGCUCCUCUGCCCGCCUGGUUGUCUCAGACAUCCCGGUGGUGCUGACCCGGCCACUGGAGCCCAAGGCCGGGCGUGAGCUGCAGUCGGUGGUCCUGUCCUGUGACUUCAGGCCGGCCCCUAAGGCCGUGCAGUGGUAUAAGGAGGACACACCGCUGGCCCCGUCAGACAAAUACAAGAUGAUGCUGGAGGGCCAGAUGGCAGAGCUGCGCAUUCUCCGGCUCACCCCUGCUGAUGCUGGCACCUACCGGUGCCAGGCAGGCAAUGCUCAGAGCAGUGCUGAGGUCACUGUGGAAGCUCGGGACGUGGCAGUGACUCAGCCGCUGCAGGAUGCUGAGGCCACCGAGGAGGAGCGGGUGUGCCUCUCAUGUGAGCUGUCCCGCGAGGAUGAGGAGGUGGAGUGGUCGCUCAACGGCACACCCCUGUACAACGACAGCUUCCACGAGAUCAGCCAUGAGGGCCGCCGCCACACACUGGUGCUGAAGAGCGUCCGGCGGGCUGAUGCAGGCACCGUGCGCGCCAGCUCCCCCAAGGUGUCCACUACUGCCUGCCUGGUUGUCCGAGCCAAGCCAGUGGUGUUCCUGAAAGCACUGGAUGAUGUGUCCGUAGAGGAGUGUGGUACGCUGGCCCUGCAGUGCGAAGUGUCAGACCCCGAGGCCCGUGUGGUUUGGCGCAAAGAUGGCGUGGAACUUGGUCCCAGCAACAAGUAUGACUUCCUGCACACGGCGGGCACACGGGGCCUCGUGGUGCAUGACCUGAGCCACGAGGAUGCUGGCCUGUACACCUGCCAUGUGGGCAGUGAGGAGACCCGGGCCCGGGUCAGCGUGCAUGACCUGCACGUGGGCAUCACCAAGAGGCUGAAGACAGUGGAGGUGCUGGAGGGGGACAGCUGCAGCUUCGAGUGCGUCCUGUCCCACGAGAGUGCAGGCGACCUGGCCAUGUGGACUGUUGGUGGGAAGACAGUGGGCAGCUCUGGCCACUUCCGGGCAGCACGCCAGGGCCGCAAAUACACCCUGACCAUCCAAGAAGCUGCGCUCAGCGAUGCUGGGGAAGUGGUCUUCUCUGUGCGGGGUCUCACCUCUAAGGCCUCACUUGUCGUAAAAGAGAGGCCAGUGGACAUCACGAAGCCCCUAGAAGACCAGCAGGCCACGCUGGGGGAGGAUGUGGUGCUCACUUGUGAGCUGUCGAGGGCAGGCACUCCUGUGCGCUGGCUGAAGGAUGGGAAGGCCAUCCGUGAGAGUCAGAAGUACAAGCUGCUCCGCGAAGGCACGCAGGCUGUGCUGGUCGUCCAUGGAGCCUCUCUCAAGGACUCUGGCACAUACACGUGUGAGACGGACGCUUCCAAGAGCACAGCCAGACUCCGUGUGGAUGAAAAGGCCAACAGGUUUACAGAGGAGCUGGUUGACCUGCAGGUGGAGGAGAAGGGCACGGCCGUGUUCGAGUGCAAGACGGAGCUCCCAGCAUCCACCGUGACGUGGCGCAAGGGCCUCAAAGAGCUGCGGGCCUCGGGAAAGCACAUGUUGAGCCAGGAGGGCUUGGCCCUGCGGCUCACCAUCCGCACCCUGGAGAAGACGGACAGUGACACCUACACCUGUGACAUUGGGCAGGCCCAGUCCCAGGCCCGGCUCCUGGUGCAAGGGCAGAGGGUGCUCAUCACGGAGGAACUGCAGGACAUGGAAGUGCACGAGGGCUCCUCAGCCACAUUCUGCUGCCGUGUUGCCCCUGCUGACCACGGGCCUGUGCGCUGGUUCCUGGACGAGACACCCUUGCAUGCCAAUGAGCUCAAUGAAAUCGUGGUCCAGCCUGGGGGGUACCAUGUGCUCACCCUGCGGCAGCUGGCGCUCAAGGACUCGGGUACUAUCUACUUUGAGGCGGGUGACCAGAGGACCUCGGCCACCCUGCGGGUCACUGAGAAGCCGAGCAUCUUUUCCCGGGAGCUCACAGAUGCCACAAUCACAGAAGGCGAGGACUUGACCCUCAUGUGUGAGACCACUGCUCCUGACACCCCCGUGCACUGGACCAAGGAUGGGAAGAUGCUGCGGCCAUCUGCCCGGUGCCAGCUGAGCUACAAGGGCUGCUGUGCCCAGCUGGUCAUCGCAGGUGCCACUCCGCAGGAUGGUGGUCGAUAUAAGUGUGAGGCUGGCGGGGCCUGGAGCAGCUCCAUUGUCAGGGUCCAAGCUCGGCCGGUUAGGUUCCGGGAGGCGCUGAGGGACUUGGAGCUGCCGGAGGGUGGUGCCGCCACGCUGCGCUGUGUGCUCUCCUCGGUGGCGGCGCCCGUGGAAUGGCGCCACGGGGAAGAUGUCCUGAGGUCCAGCAGCAAGUACAGCCUGCGCCAGGAGGGUGCUGUGCUGGAGCUGGUCAUCCGGGACCUGCAGCCCCAGGACGGGGGCAAGUAUUCCUGCUCCUUCGGGGACCAGACGACCUCAGCAACACUCUCUGUGAAGGCCCUGUCUGCCCAGUUCAUAGGAAAACUGAGAAAUAAGGAGGCCACGGAAGGGGCCACGGCCACGCUGCGCUGCGAGCUGAGCAAGGCGGCCCUUGUGGAGUGGAGGAAGGGGACAGAGCCCCUCACAGAUGGGGACAGACUGAGCCUGAGGCAGGAGGGGGCUGUGUGUGAGCUGCAGAUCCAGGGCCUGGCAGAAGAGGAUGCUGGGGAGUAUUCGUGUGUGUGUGGGCAGGAGAGGACCUCGGCCACUCUGACCGUCAGGGCUCUGCCCGCCCACUUCGUAGGAAGACUGAGGAGUAGGGAGGCCACGGAAGGGGCCACGGCCACGCUGCGCUGCGAGCUGAGCAAGGCGGCCCCCGUGGAUUGGAGGAAGGGGACAGAGUCCCUCACAGACGGGGACAGAAUGAGCCUGAGGCAGGAGGGGGCUGUGUGUGAGCUGCAGAUCCAGGGCCUGGUUGAGGAGGACGGCGGAGAGUACUCGUGUGUGUGUGGGCAGGAGAGGACCUCGGCCACGCUGACCGUCAGGGCCCUGCCUGCCAGGUUCACAGAGGGUCUGAGGAAUGAGGAGGCCGUGGAAGGGGCCAUGGCCACUCUGCGGUGUGAGCUGAGCAAAGAAACAGCAGUGGUGUGGAGGAAAGGAACAGAGACCCUCAGGGAAGGCCACAGACACAGCCUGCGACAGGAGGGAGCCUUGUGUGAGCUGCAGAUCCGGGGCCUGGUUCUGGAAGAUGCUGGGGAGUACUCCUGCAUGUGUGGGCAGGAGAGGACCUCGGCCAUGCUGACCAUCAGGGCCUUGCCUGCACGAUUCACUGAAAAUCUGAAGUCCAGGGAGGCCAUGGAAGGGACCACGGCCACACUGAGGUGUGAACUCAGCAAAGAGGCCCCUGUGGAGUGGAGGAAGGGUGUGAAGACCCUCACCAGUGGGGACAGACUCCGCCUGAGGCAGGACGGGGCUGUGUGUGAGCUGCAGAUCUCCGGCCUGGCCACAACUGAUGCUGGGGAGUACUCGUGCGUGUGCGGGGAAGAGAAGACAGCAGCCACGUUGACCGUGAGGGCCCUGCCCGCCAAGUUCACAAAGGGUCUGAGGAAUGAAGAGGCUGUGGAAGGGGCCACGGCAAUGCUGCAGUGUGUGCUGAGCAGAGAGGCCCCUGUGGAGUGGAGGAAGGGUGUGAAGACCCUCACCAGUGGGGACAGACUUCGCCUGAGGCAGGACGGGGCUGUGUGUGAGCUGCAGAUCCAGGGCCUGGCCCGGGAAGAUGCCGGGGAGUACUCGUGUGUAUGUGGGCAGGAGAGGACCUCGGCCACGCUGACAGUCAGGGCCCUGCCCGCCAGAUUCAUAGAAGAUCUGAGAAGCCAAGAGGCCACAGAAGGGUCCACGACCACUCUGCGGUGUGAACUAAGCAAGGCAGCCCCCGUGGAGUGGAGGAAGGGGUCUGAGACCCUCAGAGAUGGGGACCGGUACAGGCUGAGGCAGGAGGGGGCCACGUGUGAGCUGCAGAUCCAGGGCCUGACUGUGGCAGAGGCUGGGGAGUACUCGUGUGUGUGUGGGCAGGAGAGGACCUCGGCCGUGCUGACCGUCAGGGUUCCACAGGCUGUGUUCCGGGAGCCCCUGCAGUGCCUGCAGGCCGAGGAGGGCUCCACAGCCAGGUUGCAGUGCGAGCUGUCCCUUCCCAAUGCCACUGUGGUCUGGAGCAAGAACGGCCUGGAGCUGCAGGCUGAUGGGCGCCGGGAGUUGCAGCAGCGAGGCUGCACCGCCGAGCUGGUGCUGCGGGACCUGCGCCGUGAGGACGCGGGCGAGUACAGUUGUGCUUUCGGCUCCCAGGCUACCAGUGCCACCCUCACGGUAACAGCUGCGCCCGUGCGGUUCCUCCGGGAGCUGCAGGCCUUAGAGGUGGAUGAGGGAGCUACAGCGCACCUGCGCUGCGAGCUGAGCCAGGCGGGAGCGAGCGUGGAGUGGCGCAAGGGCUCCCUGCAGCUCUUCCCCUGCGCCAAGUACCAGAUUGUACAGGAGGGCUCGGCCACCGAGCUGCUGGUGCGCGGGGCGGAGCAGGAAGAUGAGGGAGACUACACCUGCGAUGCGGGUCAGGCGCAGACCACAGCCUCUCUUUCCAUCCGCUCCCCCAAGCCCAAGUUCAAGACCCGGCUGCAGAGUGUGGAGCAGGAGGCAGGCGGUGUGGCUCGGCUCUGUUGCCAGCUGAGCGAGGCUGAGCCAGGGGCCCCUGUGCAGUGGCUAAAGGAGGGCGUGGAGCUGCCUGUGGGCCCCAAAUAUGAGAUGCGGUGCCAAGGGGCCACGUGCGAGCUGUUGGUCCACGGGCUGGAGGCCAAGGACACAGGAGAGUAUGCCUGUGUGGUGGGUGGCCAGAAAACCUUGGCCUCCCUCAGGGUCAGAGAGCCUGAGGUGACCAUCGUGAGGGGCCUGGUUGAUGCCGAGGUGCAGGCUGACGAGGAUGUGGAGUUCAGCUGUGAGGUGUCACGGGCUGGGGCCACAGAUGUGCAGUGGCGCCUCCAGGGCCUGCCACUGCAGAGCAACGAGGUGACAGAGGUGGCUGUUCGGGAUGGCUGCAUCCACACACUCCAGCUGAAGGGUGUGACACUUGAGGACGCUGGCACCGUGUCCUUCCAUGUGGGCAGCCAUGCAUCUUCUGCUCAGCUCACUGUCAGAGUCCCAGAGGUGACCAUCCUGGAGCCCCUGCAAGACAUGCAGCUGAAUGAAGGCCAGGAUGCCCACUUCCGGUGCCGGCUGUCCAGAGCUGCAAGCCAGGAAGCCCGCUGGGCUUUGGGAGGGGUACCUCUGCAGGCCAACGAGAUGAAUGACAUCACCGUGGAGCAGGGCACACUUCACUUGCUCACCCUGCACAAGGUGACUCCUGAAGAUGCGGGAACCAUCAGUUUCCAAGUGGGCUCAUGCAGCUCAGAAGCCCAGCUGAAAGUCACAGAGGCUGCACUGUGCCUGGUCCGUGGCCUGCAGAGUGUGGACGUCUUCGCAGGGGAGGUGGCCACGUUCUCCUGUGAGGUGUCUCGUGCGGGUGGGCCAGAGGCCCGCUGGUGGCUGGAUGGCACCUUGCUACAGGACAGCCCCCAAAGUGCCAUCACUGUGCGUGAUGGGACCUUUCAUUCCCUCACACUCUCGGGCCUAGGGGUGGCCGACUCAGGCACCGUCACCUUCCGCACAGGGCCCCUGGUCUCCACAGCCAAGUUGUUGGUCAAAGAUCCUACGGUGGAGGUGGUCAGUGCCAUGCAGGACCUGGCAGUGGAGGAGGGUGGCUCUGCCGAACUCCUCUGCCAAUACUCACGGCCGGUGCAGGCCACGUGGAAGAUGGACGAGCGGGAGGUACACGCAGAUGGGCACCGUGUCAUCAUAGAGCAGGACUGGACUGUGGCCAGGCUGACCUUCAGGCCGGCCCUGCCCUGUGACAGUGGCAUCUAUUCUUGUGAGGCCGCAGGCACUCGCGUGGUGGCACUGCUACAAGUGCAAGCCAAGAACACCGUGGUCCGGGGCCUGGAGAAUGUGGAUGUGCCUGAGGGCGGGGAGGCCUUGUUUGAGUGCCAGCUGUCCCGGCCUGAGGUGGCUGCCCACACCUGGCUGUUGGACGAUGAGCCCGUGCACACCUCGGAGAACGCGGAGGUGGUAUAUUUCGAGAACGGCCUGCGACACCUACUGCUGCUCAAAAACCUGAGGCCACAGGACAGUUGUCGGGUGACUUUCCUGGCUGGGGACAUGGUCACCUCUGCUUUCCUCACCGUCAGAGGCUGGCGCCUAGAAGUCCUGGAGGCCCCCAAGGAUGUGGUGGUGCGAGCUGGCGCACAGGCUCACUUCACCUGCGUGCUCAGCGAGGCCCUGCCGGUGGGCGAAGCCACCUGGUACAUCAACGGAACUGCGGUACAGCCUGACGACGACUGGACCAUCACAGCUGACGGCAGCCACCACACCCUGCUGCUACGCAAUGCACAGCUACACCACGCUGGGGAGGUCACCUUUGCUGCCCGAGACGCAGUGACCUCAGCUCGACUUUCGGUGUUGGGCCUCCCUGAUCCCCCAGAGGAUGCCGAAGUGGUGGGUCGCAGUGGCCACUCCGUGACGCUGUCCUGGGUGGCUCCCACAAGCGAUGGUGGAGGGGGUCUGUGUGGCUAUCGGGUAGAGAUGAAGGAGGGGUCCAAGGGCCAGUGGCGUUUGUGCCACGAGCUAGUGCCUGGGCCUGAGUGUGUGGUGGAUGGACUGACUCCUGGGGAGACCUACCGUUUCCGAGUGGCUGCUGUGGGCCCUGCAGGUGCUGGGGAGCCUGUGCACCUGCCCCAGAUGGUCAGGCUGGCAGAACCAGUGGAGCCUGUACCUCCCUCGCCCCCUACCCCUGUGAGCCGGCAGGUGGUGGCCGGAGAGGAUGUCUGUCUGGAGGUGGAGGUGGCAGCUGAGGCUGGCGAGGUCGUCUGGCACAAGGGGACGGAGUGCAUCCAACCCAGUGGGCACUUUGAGGUCCUUUCCCGGGGUCGGCAGCAGACACUGGUGAUCAAGGGCUUCAGGGCAGAAGACCAGGGCGAGUACCGCUGUGGCCCUGCCCACGCCCUGGCCUCCAUGGAGGCUGCCACCUUCCAGGUGGUGCUGACCCCUGGCUCUGGGGACGAGGCUCCCACACAGCCCAGCCUGCCCCCUGAGGCAGCCCAGGAGGGUGACCUGCACCUGCUGUGGGAGGCCCUGGCCAGGAAGCGUCGCAUGAGCCGUGAACCCACGCUGGACUCCAUCAGUGAGCUUCCAGAGGAGGAUGGCCGCGUGCAUCACCUACGGCAGGAGGUGGAGGAGGUGGCCCCUGACCUCUCUGAGGGCUACUCCACAGCUGAUGAGCUGGCACGCACUGGAGAGGCUGACCUCUCGCACACCAGCUCUGACGACGAGUCCCGGGCAGGCACACCUUCCCUGGUUACUUACCUCAAGAAGGCUGGACGGCCUGGGGUCUCACCCCUGGUCAGCAAGGCCAGGGCCCCAGCACCCUCCUCUGUGGAACCACAGAAGAAGCAGGAGCACCCAGCCCAGGUGCACCCACCACCGAUAGGUCUGAGUGCUGAGGAUCUGGGCGACCCCUCCAUGGACAAGGCAGCAGUGAAGAUUCAGGCUGCCUUUAAGGGCUACAAGGUCCGGAAGGAGAUGAAGCAGCAGGAAGGACCCGUAUUCUCCCACACAUUUGGGGACACUGAGGCCCAGGUGGGGGAUGCCCUGAGGCUGGAGUGUGUGGUAGCCAGCAAGGCUGAUGUGCGAGCAUGCUGGCUGAAAGACGGCGUAGAGCUCACUGACGGGCGGCACCACCACAUCGACCAGCUCGCGGAUGGGACGUGCACCCUUCUGGUCACUGGCCUGGGCCGUGCCGACACUGGUCGCUACACCUGUCAGGUGAGCAACAAGUUUGGCUGUGUGAGCCAUAGCGCCUGUGUGGUGGUCAGUGGCACCGAGAGUGAGGCCGAGAGCUCCUCCGGGGGCGAGCUGGACGACGCCUUCCACCGCGCUGCCCGGCGUCUGCACCGGCUCUUCCGCACCAAAGGCCCAGCGGAGGUUUCUGACGAAGAGCUGUUUCUCAGCGCUGACGAGGGUCCCGGGGAGCCAGAGCAGCCUGCGGACUGGCAGACCUACCGCGAGGAUGAGAAUUUUGUCUGCAUCCGUUUCGAGGCCCUGGCCGAAGCUCACAGGGCAGUCACCUGCUUCCGAGAGAUGUUCACCACCAUGGGCAUCGGGGUGGAGAUCAGCCUGGUGGAGCAGGGGCCCAGGGGGGUGGAGAUGCGCAUUGGCAAGGUGGCCCCUGCCCCUGCAGCACCUCCGGAGCCAGUGUCCACUCAGCUGACUUCUGAUGCCGCCCCCGUGUUCCUGACGGAGCUGCAGAACCAGGAGGUGCAGGAUGGGUACCCCGUGAGCUUCGACUGCGUGGUGACGGGCCAACCUGUGCCCAGUGUUCGCUGGUUCAAGGACGGGAAGUUGCUGGAGGAGGAUGAUCACUACAUGAUCAAUGAGGACCAGCAGGGUGGCCACCAGCUCAUCAUCACUGCUGUGGUGCCCGCAGACAUGGGCGUCUACCGCUGUCUGGCAGAGAACAGCGUGGGCGUCUCCUCCACCAAGGCUGAGCUCCGAGUGGAGCUGACCAGCACAGACUACGACACUGCCGCAGACGCCACGGAGACCUCAUCCUACUUCAGUGCCCAGGGAUACCUGUCUAGCCGGGAGCAAGAGGGAACCGAAUCAGAUGAGGGGCAGCUGCCCCAGGUGGUGGAGGAGCUGAAGGACCUCCAGGUGACCCCUGGUACACGCCUGGCCAAAUUUCAGCUCAAGGUGAAAGGCUACCCAGUCCCCAGAUUGUACUGGUUCAAAGAUGGCCAGCCCCUGUCUGCAUCUGCCCACAUUCGCAUGGCUGACAAGAAGACACUGCACACCCUGGAGAUCGUCUCUGUCACCCGGGAGGAUGCUGGCCAGUAUGCUGCCUAUAUCAGCAAUGCUGUUGGUGCUGCCUACUCAUCUGCCCGGCUGCUGGUCCGAGGCCCCGAUGAACCAGAAGAGAAGUCUGCAUCAGAUGUGUGUGAGCAAUUGGUGCCACCCCGCAUCCUGGAGAGGUUCACCCCCAAGAAAGUGAAGAGGGGCUCCAGCAUCACGUUCUCGGUGAAGGUGGAAGGAUGCCCGGCCCCCACCAUACACUGGCUCAAAGAGGAGGCCGAGAGAGGCGUGCUGUGGAUUGGCCCUAACACCCCAGGCUACACUAUGGCCAGCUCUGCCCAGCAGCACAGCCUGGUCCUGCUAGAUGUGGGCCGGCAACACCAGGGCACCUACACGUGCAUUGCCACCAACGCUGCUGGCCAGGCUCUCUGCUCUGCCAGCCUGCAAGUCUCAGGCCUGCCCAAGGAGGAGGAGCAGGAGAAGAUGAAGGAGGCUCUCAUUUCUACCUUCCUACAGGGGACCACCCAAGCCAUCUCAGCACAGAUGUCAGAGUCUGCUGGUCUCAUCGGCCUUGCUGGGCAGAGGAAAGGGGAGGCCCUGGUGGCUGAGGAGGCCCACGGCCGCCUGUCCCUCGCUGAGGUGGGCACGGAGGAAUUCCUACAGAAACUCACCUCCCAGAUCACUGAGAUGGUGUCGGCCAAGAUCACACAGGCCAAGCUGCAGGUGCCUGGAGGUGACAGUGAUGAGGAGUCCAAGACUCCGUCCGCCUCCCCCCGGCAUGGCCGGUCGCGGCCCUCCUCCAGCGUCCAGGAGUCAUCCUCGGAGUCAGAGGACGGGGACUCCCGAGGAGAGAUCUUUGAUAUCUACGUGGCCACGGCCGACUACCUGCCCCUGGGGGCCGAGCAGGAUGCCAUCACACUGCGGGAAGGCCAGUAUGUGGAGGUCUUGGACUCAGCCCACCCGCUGCGCUGGCUUGUGCGCACCAAGCCCACCAAGUCCAGCCCCUCCAGGCAAGGCUGGGUGUCACCAGCCUACCUGGACAAGAGGCUCAAGCUGUCUCCUGAGUGGGGGCCCAGUGAGGCCCCCGAAUUCCCCGAGGCCGUGUCCGAGGAUGAGUACAAGACCAGGCUGAGCUCUGUCAUCCAGGAGCUGCUGAGCUCAGAGCAGACCUUCGUGGGUGAGCUUCAGUUCCUCCAAAGCCACUACAUACAACAACUGGACCGUGCUCCCCGAGCGCCAGCAGCCGUAGCCAGCCAGAAGGCAGUCAUUUUUCGCAAUGUGCAGGACAUCAGUCGCUUCCACAGCAGCUUCUUGCAGGACCUGCAGCGCUGUGACACAGAUGAUGAUGUGGCCAUGUGCUUCAUCAAGAACCAGGAAGCCUUUGAGAAGUACCUGGAGUUCCUGGUGGGCCGUGUGCAGGCAGAGUCCGUGGUUGUCAGCAUGCCCGUCCAGGAGUUCUACAAGAAAUGCGCUGAGGAGAUGCUGUCUGCUGGGGACCCCUCGCAGCCACCCCCACCCCCACUGCAGCACUACCUGGAGCAGCCGGUGGAGCGGGUGCAGAAGUACCAGGCUCUGCUCAAGGAGCUGAUCCGCAACAAGGCCCGGAACCGGCAGAACUGCGCCCUUCUGGAGCAGGCCUACGCAGUCGUGUCGGCGCUGCCCCAGCGUGCCGAGAACAAGCUGCACGUGUCCCUCAUGGAGAACUACCCUGGCACCCUGGAGGCCCUGGGGGAGCCCAUCCGCCAGGGCCACUUCAUUGUGUGGGAGGGCGCACCAGGGGCCCGCAUGCCUUGGAAGGGCCACAAUCGCCACGUCUUCCUGUUCCGGAACCACCUGGUGAUCUGCAAGCCCCGACGAGACUCGCGCACCGACACCUUCAGCUAUGUGUUCCGGAAUAUGAUGAAGCUAAGCAGCAUCGACCUGAAUGACCAGGUGGAAGGGGACGACCGUGCCUUCGAGGUGUGGCAUGAACGGGAGGACUCUGUGCGCAAGUACCUGCUGCAGGCGCGCACAGUCAUCAUCAAGCACUCCUGGGUGAAGGAGAUCAGCGGCAUCCAACAGCGCCUGGCCCUGCCUGUGUGGCGUCCACCGGAAUUUGAAGAGGAACUGGCUGACUGCACGGCUGAGCUGGGGGAAACAGUAAAGCUGGCUUGCCGCGUGACUGGCACACCAAAACCCACUGUCAGCUGGUACAAAGAUGGGAAGCCAGUGGAAGUGGAUCCUCACCACAUCCUCAUCGAAGACCCAGAUGGCUCCUGCACCCUUAUCCUGGACAACCUGACUGGGGUCGACUCUGGCCAGUACAUGUGCUUUGCGGCCAGCGCCGCUGGCAGUGCCAGCACCCUGGGAAAGAUCCUGGUGCAAGUCCCCCCACGGUUUGUGAACAAGGUCCGGGCCUCGCCCUUUGUGGAGGGAGAGGAUGCCCAGCUCACCUGCACCAUCGAAGGCGCCCCACACCCUCAGAUCAGGUGGUACAAAGAUGGGGCCCUGCUGACUGCGGGCAACAAGUACCAGAUGCUGAGUGAGCCCCGCAGCGGCCUGCUGGUGCUUGUGGUCAGAGCAGCUGGCAAGGAUGACCUGGGACACUAUGAAUGCGAGCUGGUGAACCGGCUUGGCUCCACUCGUGGUGGUGGGGAGCUAUACAUGCAGAGCCCUGUGCUGCCGGCCCGGGAGCAGCGCCACAGGGAGCAGACUGUGGCUGCCGUAGAAG